AUGUUUAAUGAAGGCUACUCUCAAACAACCAAUUCAAGUGAAAGCUGGUUAACAUUGCAAUUAACGCUUCAAACUCAGUCAAAGAUAGUAUCUCAGAUAAAUGCUGAACCAGUUACACCGGAACCAGAGACAGAAUCUGAAGUUACACCGGAACCAGAGACAGAAUCUGAGGUUACACCGGAACCAGAGACAGAAUCUGAAGUAACACCGGAACCAGAGACAGAAUCUGAAGUUACACGGGAACCAGAGACAGAAUCUGAAGUUACACCGGAACCAGAAUCUGAAGUAACACCGGAACCAGAGACAGAAUCUGAGGUUACACCUGAACCAGAAACAGAAUCUGAAGUUACACCUGAACCAGAAACAGAAUCUGAAGUCACUACACCAGAACCAGAAUCUGAAGUUACACCUGAACCAGAGACAGAAUCUGAAGUGACAGCUGAACCAGAGACAGAAUUUGAAGUUACGCCGGAACCAGAGACAGAAUCAGAAGUUACACCAGACCCAGAGUCUGAAUCUGAAGUGACACCUGAACCAGAGACAGAAUCAGAGGUUACCCCUGAACCAGAGACAGAAUCUGAAGUUACAACGGAACCAGAGACUGAAUCUGAAGUGACACCUGAACCAGAAUCUGAAGUAACACCUGAACCAGGGACAGAAUCUGAAGUAACACCUGAACCAGAGACUGAAUCUGAAGUGACACCUGAACCAGAAACUGAAGUUACACCUGAACCAGAGACAGAAUCUGAAGGUACACCUGAACAAGAGACAGAAUCUGAAGUAACACCUGAACCAGAGACAGAAUCUGAAGUUACACCUAAACCAGAGUCAGAAUCUGAGGUAAAACCGGAACCAGAGACAGAAUCUGAAGUUACACAAGAACCAGAGUCUGAAUCUGAAGUUACCCCUGAACCAGAGACAGAAUCUGAAGUAACACCUGAAACCGAACCAGAGUCAGAGGUUACAACUGAACAAGAGACAGAAUCUGAAGUUACACCUGAACCAGUGACAGAAUCUGAAAUAACACCUGAACCAGAGACAGAAUCUGAAGUAACACCUGAACCAGAGGCAGAAUCUGAAGUUUCACCUGAAUCAGAGUCUGAACCUGAAGUUACACCGGAACCGGAGACAGAAUCUGAAGUUACACCGGAACCAGAGUCUGAAUCUGAAGUUACACCUGCUCCAGAGACAGAAUCAGAGAUUACAGCUGAACCAGAGUCUGAAUCUGAAGUAAAACCUGAACCAGCGACAGAAUCAGAGGUUACAGCUGAACCAGAGUCUGAAUCUGAAGAAACACCUGUACCAGAGACAGAAUCUGAAGUUACACCUGAACCAGAGUCUGAAUCUGAAGUAACACCUCAACCAGAGACAGAAUCAGAGGUUACAGCUGAAUCUGAAGUGACACCUGAAUCAGAGAUUGAAUCUGAAGUUACACCUGAACCAGAGUCUGAAUCUGAAGUGACACCUGAACCAGAAUCUGAAGUUACACCUGAACAAGAGACAGAAUCUGAAGUUACACCUGAACCAGAGUCUGAAUCUGAAGUACCACCUGAACCAGAGACAGAGUCAGAGGUUACCACUGAACCAGAGUCUGAAGUAACACCGGAACCAGAGACAGAAUCUGAAGUUACACCUGAACCAGAGUCUGAACCUGAAGUUACACCUGAACCAGAGUCUGAAUCUGAAGUAACACCUGAACCAGAGACAGAGUCAGAGGUUACCACUGAACCAGACUCACAAGUAACACCUGAACCAGAGACAGAAUCAGAAGUUACCCCUGAACCAAAGACAGAAUCUGAAGUAACACCUGAACCAGAGACAGAAUCAGAAGUUACACCGGAACCAGAGUCUGAAACUGAAGUUUCAGCUGAACCAGAGACAGAAUCUGAAAUAACACCUGAACCAGAGUCUGAAUCUGAAGUAACACCGGAACCAGAGGUUAACCCUGAACCAGAGUCUGAAUCUGAAGUUACCCCUGAACCAGAGACCGAAUCUGAAGUUACUCCGGGACCAGAGUCUGAAUCUGAAGUUACACCGGAACCAGAGUCUGAAUCUGAGGUCACACCCGAAAUCGAACCAGAAUCUGAGAUAACGUCUGAACCAGAAGCAGAGGGAGAAAUGUCGUCAGAGCCUGAAGCAACAGCGGAACAAUUAGUUGAGCCAGAAGCUACCGCAGAAACAACUUCAGCUGAGCCAUCCGCCGUUGAAAUAAUGGUCCCACCCUUUGUAUUGGUAGUUUUGGUGGUUCUUGCAAUGAUUGGUCUGUAUGCAUAUAGUAACUGCAGAAAACACGCAGUGGGAGUCAUAAAGAAGCGAAAAAUGGAAUCUGAAAUUAAUAUUAUCGAUUUGGAAGAAUACAAUGAUCUCUCCAAAGAAGAACCGCCAUUUCUUUCUCCGUUUGACAAUGAAGUCAUUGAAGCGUUUCAGACACAUCGUAACAGGCCACUUGACUUGCUGAAGAUAGCCUUUCCUGCAUUGUUAUCCCUGGCGUUAUGUCCCUUCACUUUGUACUUAUAUUCGCCAUUAACAACAUUCAUUUGGCCUAAAGCAGAAUUUCCGAACGCACCGGAUAUAAACGAUGCCAUAGCUUGUUUUCUAGCACCUGCUGGACUGGUCUAUGCUACUUCUUUCGGAUUUGCAUUUCAGCAAGCAUUGUCGAAACAAACUCAUAUCAUGGACAAGGUGACGAAGGAAAUAAGCAUGAUCGAUCAGAUAGCUACGUUCUGUACAAGGAUCAACUUACCAAAGCCAAGUAUGCGCCGGAGUGUAUACAGAUGUGUUAAAUCAGAAAUCAUUUUCAUGAUUUUACAGAUACUAGACAGACGACCAGAUUCAUUUCAACAAAAACCUGACGAAAAUGUGAAAAUUAAAAUCUGGUCUAUCAUUGAUGUUCUUAGAGAAGUAAAGACUGAUGUAGACGACAGUAAGACACAAGUUGAUCGAGUAUUGUGUGAAAAAAUCAUGGCACACAUAUUGCAGCUUAACAGCAUUUGUUCUGAUAGACUGAGUAUUCUACAUACAAAAAUACACCCAGUCAAAUGGGCGUUUUUAGAAACACUUGGGUUUUUCUCGUUUGUUGGUAUACUCCUAUUAAAGGCAUUAUCCUAUCGUAUGGAACUAGUAAUGUGUAUACUAACUGUAUUCUCUAUCAGUAUGCUGUGUUUUGUGGUGUCAGACCUGGACGCACCUUUUAGUGGAUUCUUUCGUGUAGACCUCUCGGUUUUGGUCGAUGUCGUCCGACGAAUCGAAGGAUUGCAUUCCGAUUCUCAAAAUGAAGAAUUUAAAUGUUCAACAGAGACAUCUAGCUUAGCUGACUCUAUGUUUGAUCCUGUAUCACCUGACUUAAGGAAAAGUAGGUGCUAGAAAAAACACAUGUAUAUUAUAGUAUAGGAUGGACGGACAUAAUAAUUAGAAACUAUGGGAAUAUGUCUCUAGAAAGACAAGAAAGAGAUGUUUGAGAGAGAAAAGAGAACAAAAAAGCGAGAUAUACAGAAAAAGGUUGAUGAGAAGGAGAGGAAGGUUCAUUGUGAAAAGAAAUACACUUCUAUCUACCCGUCUGAUACAUAACAUGAAACACAAGUUGAGCG